CUCAACACAAUGGGAAGCAGCCACCAGUUGGAGCUCCAUCCACCUUUUCACCUCUUCCAUCCCCGCCUCAACAGAAUCCCAAUUCCCACCCCACCCACUCAUCCAAAUUCCUUUUCCUCAACAGAAGCAGCACCUCUUCUUCUUCACUCUCUCGUCAUCGGAAAUGCUCGCCGAAUCCAGCUUUACUCUAUCUUCUUCUGGGCUCUUCUCUGCCCAUAUCCGAAGCAGACCCUCUACUUCUCUCUCAUCUUCAAGAGUUGUCUCGUCUCAGUCUACCUCUCUUCAUAAUAAGCCAUCUCUCCAAUUCAUUGGCCGUCAACUGCUGUCGCCUCGCCGCAGGCUUUUCAUACUCUCUCCAAAGGCGACUGAUCAGCAAGGCCAGGUUAAAGAAGAUGAUGUUGUUGACAGUAAGAACUUAACAUAUUCUAGCACAGACAAGAUUGGGAAGAAGACAUUGGGGGAGCUUGAACAAGAGUUUCUUCAAGCUCUACAAGCAUUCUAUUAUGAGGGAAAGGCUAUUAUGUCAAAUGAAGAAUUUGAUAAUCUCAAGGAAGAACUAACGUGGGAAGGAAGCAGUGUUGUUAUGCUAAGUUCAGAUGAACAGAAGUUUUUAGAAGCUUCAAUGGCUUAUGUUGCUGGGAAACCCAUACUGACAAAUGAAGAGUAUGACAAAUUGAAGAUGCAACUUAAGAUGGAAGGGAGCGAAAUUGUAGUUGAAGGCCCACGGUGCAGCCUUCGUUCUAAAAAGGUGUACAGUGACCUUUCUGUUGACUAUUUCAAGAUGUUCCUGUUGAAUGUUCCAGCCGCUGUAAUCGCACUGACGUUGUUUUUCUUCUUAGAUGAUUUGACUGGAUUUGAGAUCACAUUUCUAUUAGAGCUUCCAGAGCCGUUCAGUUUCAUUUUCACAUGGUUUGCUGCUUUGCCCCUCAUACUUUGGAUUGCUCAAUCAAUCACAAAAGCUAUUGUGCAAGACUCUUUGAUUUUGAAGGGCUCGUGUCCUAACUGUGGUACAGAAAACGUCUCCUUCUUUGGGACUAUUCUAUCAGUGUCUAGUGGUGGUUCCAUCAAUAACCUUAAAUGUUCGAAUUGUGGCACUGAAUUGGUAUUUGAUUCUGGAACACGCUUGAUUACAUUGCCUGAGCCAAGUGAAGCUUGAGUAGAGGGAUGUGGAACUUUCUGAAAAUUCUAAUCCUAUUUAAGGGGUUGAAAUCACCUUGAACUUUUUUGAGACCAGCAUCUUCUGUGCAGCUGAAGAGGAAAGAGCGUGAGGUAUGCACCAUGUUGACAUGUCUAUCCAUCCAUAUUUAUGUCAGAUUGUUGAUAUGUAUAUUUGUUACCAGCUUAUUUGCUGCUAAGAAGUAUGUAUGGUU